AUGGGAGGGGCACCGAGUAGGGAGACGCUGGUGCGACACAUUGUGCGUGGCCCUCGCGUCCGGGGAAGCGCAGCACCAACCGUAGGGCACUCCACGUCUCUUGGCGCUAACAAUGCCGGCGAGCCGCUGACCGACAUGCCGACGGCGGCGUCGCAGCAGCCGGAGAUCAUUCUGAUCCCCCUCAUCCCCGAUUACUUCCCCAGCUCGGCCUCGCCGCUCUUUCAGCAGCUGCUGCACGUGCGGCGAGAAGUGAACGUAGCGUAUUACUACCGGGAUGCCCGCAGCAUGGCAGCGGAGCACACGGUGGUGCGAGAUCAGAUCGGGUCCGACAAGGAUAUUUACAACUGGUACAUGAGUCUCAGCGAGCAGCGGCUGCUGGAGACGGACAACGAGCUGAUCGCUCUGAGCCGCGCAGGGCGAGUGGUGUCACCAGUGCCAUGCGCCGUUGCCUUUGUGUACGAGGCAAGCACGACCGCAACUGUCGCUGCCGCGGGUGGUGCCGUGAUGUCAACCACCGACACACCAUCUCUAGGUAGCAACAUUGGCGGAGGUAAGAAGAAGAGCGGCAGAAACAGCAGGGUACAUCGGCAUGGCAAGGUCAGCGGCUCCAGUGCGUCGAACGGGUACAUGACGAUGGAGAACACGGUGCGGUUGCCGCACUACAACCUGCGCGUGCGCAUCUUCGGCUUUGUCGGCGACACGCGCUUUUGCCCGCCAUCGAUGCACCACAGCCAGGCCGCCAAGUUGCCCAUGUGCCUCACGAUUUUUCUGUCGAAGAGCGCGGGUGGCAACCACCGCGCGCAGGUGACUCUUCUCGCGGCAUACACAUACAUAACACAGCUGCAAGCCAUCGGUAUCCUGCGACCCCACGAGGAAGCGUCGCUUGUGGGCGGCGGAGUGGUGCAAGGUGCGGCGACGCGGGCGGGCGUCAAAGCAGACGCGGCGGGGAACGUAGCGGACCCUCUCGCGGCGCUGCGCCUUACGGCGACUAACGGUGCCGGCAGUGCUGCAGCCGCCUACCGCGACCCGUACCUUGACCCAUACGGUGCCAAUCUUCCAGCCGCGGCCGAUCCGUACGCGAUCGCCGACGAUGACGGCAGUAAUGACGUUGAGUGGAGGCGCCACUCGCCACCGCAUAUGACCAGCUCAGUUCCACGAGAUGGGUUGAAGAUACAUCUUGAGGGUCUGGGCACCAUGAUCACCUCCGUCGCCGCGGACGUCGCCAAGGAGACAGUGCUGCGCCGCCCCAUCGAAAUCUUGAUGCACCGCGCCGAUGUUCCGGCUCUGUGCUACCUGCGUGAGCUGCGCGCGCGCAUCGACCAGAGCUCCGCGUGCGCGACCCCCGCCGUCAGCGAAAAGAAGGGUAAAGCGCCCGCGCCGUUGUCGUGUGCGAAGCCGAUCUCAACGGCAGCGACGAUAACGUCAUUGUCUCACGGCGCCAGCGGCGAGGAAGACUGCGGCGGCGACAUAGGCGUGGCACCCGCGAACAGCAACGCGAGCUUACGGCAAUCCUGUGCCCCGAACGAGUCGCGGAUGUCGAAGACGAUGGAUGCUAACUCUAGCAUCAGCGCCGUUGCGAUGCGCCCGGGAGGUGAUGCUGCUGAAGUUGGCUCUGAGUCGCUGAAGUACCAAAUCCGGACGGUGGUUCGCGCGGAUGAGCUGCGCGGCUCCGUGGCGGCGGAUUCGAUUGGCCGCAUCUUGCUGUGGGCAUCUCGCUUCUACACUGGACACUUCGAGCAGCUUAUGGGUGGCGAGGCGGCGAAGCUGCGACAGGGGCUCGCGCAGCGGAACCUGACGGAGAGCCCGCUUGACGGCACGCUCUUGCUGACCGACGAGGAGCCUCGGCCCCCGAGGGUGACCCCGAAGCUCGGCGACGUCUGGAUCCCGUCCAACGAGGCCUAUGUCGAGGUGCACGAUACCGAACACGAAGGGGACGGGUGGGCAAAGGUGGCGGCGGGAACGGUGCUGCGGUACGCCACGUCUGCGCCCUCGACUUCCUCGACACCGGCUCCAGGCGCCUUCUGGCGCGUCUCGCCCAACGAGUUUGCCGAAGACAUCCUCUUGUCGCUCUGCCGGCAAGCGUGUCAGGCAUCACGGCGGGCACUACCGACAGACUCGCAUUGGCUGCUGAGCGGCAAGACUGGCGUGCCGGAGGGGCUCGGGAUGGGCCUCCUAGUCUGGCGCGAGCUGUGUGCGGGGCAGGUGGUCUUUUACGGCACCACACCUGAGUUUCUCAAGAAGUGGAUCCAGUCAGGGGCGGACGUGGAGCAGGCGUACCGCAACCACAUCAAGCGAUCGCACUCGAGCAAGGAGCCGACCUCCGCGGUAGAGACGGAGUCGGGCGGCGCGGCAGCCGCGAGGGACGAUGACGCCGUGGCGGGAGGUCAGUCGUUGUCGAUGUCUGUGACCGUCACAACUGCCGCCUCCAGUGGGUUACAUAGCUCCUAUGAGGGCAACUUCCCCUCGAACCCGUCUGUCGCGUCCGAUGGGCUCGACAAGAGCGGUAGCAGCGACAGCAGACGCGACAAGGGUUCUGGAACAUCCUCGAUGGAGUUCUACAGCGCACACACCGGUUUUGUGUCGACUGCAGUGCAGGCGAAAGCCAUCUUGUCGCCAACGGCACCCACGGCGCGUGGCAAUCAAGCAGAUGACAGUGCCAAGCCAAAGCGAGUCCGCACCGACGACCAGCCACGCAAACCCUCAUCGUCCACGCCGCCUGUCGCGGUCGGCCAUCUCGCGCAGUCACAAAACGUUUCUGGCACCCCUCGCAAAGAUGCUCGACAGGGGAGGGUUGCGCCUGCUCAGCAGGGCUUGCAGCUCGCCCUUCCGGUCGGGUCCAGCACCUCCAUGGCCUUGUGGACGCAUUCAUCGAGCACUGUAGGAACGCCAAACUCGCACACGGGGGUGAGCCUCGCGUCCGUAAGCAUGGGCAGCCGCAGCAGCUCUGCCAGCCUCUCUUACCGCCAGCCGUCGCAGCGCAGGUCUCCGGCUGCUGCCGCCACGACGUGCUGGAUUGGUGUCCCUGAGUCGGCCCCGGCCGGCAACGCCGAUGCGCCCACUGUAAACGUGGUCGUGAGGCAGCGGCGCAGCGUGCGCACGACGCCAAGCUGCUCUGCCACCGUCGGCACCACACCUCUCCGAGCCAGUCAAAUAAACGACAGCCCCCACCACUUCCACACACCACGCGACGUACCAAGCAUGCCAUUCGUCGGUGCACAGCCGAGCGUCGUCGGUACGGCUUCUGAGGCGUCUGCUGAGUACAGCGUGCAGGCAACGGACUCUGCGGUGAUUCAACCGUGCGGAUCGCCACCGGUGCGCAUCCCGGGCAGGUGGGGCCCCAGCGAGGAUGACUCUCACCGACAGGGUGGACACUCACCGGCGUCUGCCGAGCGAGGCCGAUACCCGCGUGCCGAGGAGGAGCUGCUCCCCCACUCUUGCACGUUGAACAACGCGACGGCGCUCGUCGAUGCGCGGGGACCGCCACCGCAGCGCUCCGCUGCUAUGACCAUAAGGGGUGGCUACGGCACCGGCAGCAUUGCCAGCACUCCGCAGCAGGCAGCAACGCCAGCCAAGUGGAGCACGUCCAGCGCGGCACAGCCGUCUUCUAUGCGUGGCACCUCCAUUACCUUUGCAAGCGGCUCUGCGUCGUCGGCGCACGCUCGUCACGCUCCCCUGCUGCACUCCAUCCGGUACACCGAGCCAUGCCAGCCGGUGUCGUCGACUCGUUCAUCGUCGCUGUCGACAGGGGAGCUGUUCUGGUCGAGUUGCUGCUCGAACGCUUCGCCGACGUAUCGAAAGGGGUCGCUGCGUCCGCCGCCACUGGAUACGGUUGGGGCCGACGUUGGCAGUAUGCAUGCGUUACAGCACACUCCGGUACUGCAGUUUAGUGCUGAUCCAGUGCGCAGGGGCUGUGGCGACGUCUCUCCUGCGGGCAGGGCAGCUGUGGCGACAGCACUCAUGACCGGCACACUGCGUCCUGGCGGCGACGCGACGAUAGUGCCGUUCUCGGGCGACAGCAGCGCCGCGCACACGCCUGGGCAAGGCGAUCUGGUGAACAGCGCAAAGAACUCCGUCGGCUCCGGCAAGUACCGCUGGGACUGGCGCGGCGUCUCUUGGCCGGUAUAG